CCGGCUCCCGCUAUUCUGCCCGAGCGCUCGCUCGCAGGCGCCGCCGCGCCGCAGUCCUCAGUGAGCGGCGCCCGGGCUCGCAGGUCCCCGCCGCGACGCGCCACCGUCCUGGUCCCCGCCCGCGCCUCCGCCCGCUUCGCAAUGAGGGUCCUGGGUGGGCGCUGCGGGGCGCUACUGGCGUGCCUCAUCCUAGUGCUCCCCGUCUCCGAGGCAAACUUUUUGUCAAAGCAGCACGCUUCACAAGUCCUGGUUAGGAAACGCCGUGCAAAUUCUAUGUUUGAAGAAACCAAAAAGGGUAAUCUUGAAAGAGAAUGCAUUGAAGAAUUGUGCAAUAAAGAAGAAGCCAGGGAGGUCUUUGAAAAUGACCCUGAAACGGAUUAUUUUUAUCCAAAAUACUUAGGUUGUCUUGGCUCUUUCCGAGCUGGAUUGUUCACUGCUGCACGUCAGUCCACUGAUGCUCACCCUGAUCUCAGGAGCUGUGUCACUGCCAUUCCAGACCAAUGUAGUCCUCUGCCAUGCAAUGAAGAUGGAUAUAAGAGCUGCAAAGAUGGUCAAGCUAGAUUCACUUGCAUUUGUAAACCAGGUUGGCAAGGAGACAAGUGUGAAUAUGAUAUAAAUGAAUGCAAAGAUCCCUCAAAUGUAAAUGGAGGUUGCAGCCAGAUAUGUGAUAAUACACCUGGAAGUUACCACUGUUCCUGUAAAAGUGGUUUUUUUAUGCUUUUAAAUAAAAAGGACUGCAAAGAUGUGGAUGAAUGCUCUAUGAUGCCAGACAUUUGUGGCACAGCUGUGUGCAAGAACAUCCCAGGAGACUUUGAAUGCGAAUGUGCUGAAGGCUACAGAUACAAUCCCAUAUUAAAGUCUUGUGGAGAUGUGGACGAAUGCUCUGAGAACAUGUGUGCUCAACUUUGUGUCAAUUACCCUGGAGGUUACUCUUGUUAUUGUGAUGGGAAAAAAGGAUUCAAACUUGCCCAAGAUCACAAGAGCUGUGAGGCUGUUCCAGUGUGCCUUCCCUUGAACCUUGACAAAAAUUAUGAAUUACUUUACUUGGCAGAGCAAUUUGUAGGCGUGGCUUUAUAUUUAAAAUUUCGUUUGCCGGAAAUCACCAGAUUUUCAGCCGAAUUUGAUUUCCGGACAUAUGAUUCAGAAGGUGUUAUCCUGUAUGCAGAAUCUCUUGACCGCUCAGCUUGGUUCCUGAUUGCACUUCGUGAUGGAAGGAUUGAAAUUCAGUUUAAGAAUGAAUUUACAACCAAAAUCACAACUGGAGGCAAAGUUAUUAAUGACGGUCAAUGGAAUAUGGUCUCUGUGGAAGAACUAGAACACAGUAUUAGUGUAAAAAUAGCUAAAGAAGCUGUAAUGAAUAUAAAUAAACCCGAAAGCCUUUUUAAGCCUACAAAUGGAUUUCUAGAAACGAAAGUAUAUUUUGCAGGAUUACCUCGGAAAAUGGAGAAUGCCCUCAUUAGACCGAUAACCCCUCGUCUAGAUGGAUGUAUACGAGGCUGGAAUUUGAUGGAUCAAGGAGCUUCAGGAAUAAAUGAAAUUAUUCAAGAAAAACAAAGUAAACAUUGUUUUGUCACUGUGGAGAAGGGUUCCUACUAUCCUGGUUCUGGUGUUGCUCAAUUUAGCAUAGAUUAUGGUAAUAUAUCCAAUGCUGAGGACUGGCGAGUAAAUGUGUCCUUGAACAUUCGCCCAUCCACGGGCACUGGUGUUAUGUUCGCCUUGGUUUCUGGUAGUACUGUGCCCUUUGCCUUGUCCUUGGUAGACUCUGCCUCUGAAAAGCUUCAGGAUAUCCUCGUAUCUGUUGAAAAUAUGAUAAUGUUUCAGGUAGAGGCCAUAAGUCUGUGUUCCAGUCAACAAUUCCAUCUGGAAUUAAGAGUCAACAGAAACAAUGUGGAGCUGUUCACUCCACUUAAAAAAGACAUCAUCUCCUCUGAAAACUUUAAAGGACAGUUGGCCAUUUUGGACAAAGCAAUGAAAGGGACAGUAACCACUUACUUGGGUGGCCUUCCAGAUAUUCCAUUCAGUGCCACACCAGUGAAUGCCUUUUAUAAUGGCUGUAUGGAAGUGAACAUUAAUGGUGUUCGGUUGGAUCUGGAUGAAGCCGUUUCUAAGCAUAACGAUAUCAGAGCUCACUCGUGUCCAUCAGUUUCAAAAAGCACAGAGAAUUCUUAAGGCUUCUUUCCUGUACUGAUAAUACAUUUUUCCUGUAUGUAAUUAUGUUUCAAUAAUAGCUGAAGGGUUUUUCCCUGCAAUGUACAGACCUUGAUUUUUUAUGGUACUUUGGCUUUCCUGGAAUUUUAAAAAAGGUCCUUUUUCAAGAAGAACAAGAUCCUCUUGUGGUACAAAUCACAUUUAAAAAUUCUUACCUCUAUUGCUGCCUAGAAAUUAAAUAAUGAAAUAUAUAAACAUUUCUAAUUUGAAUUUUUUGCUACAAAUGACAUUACUUCAUUAAAAGUAAAAUGUAAUUUUUUUAAAGAUUUAUUUUUGAGAAAGAGAGAGAGAGAGAGAACAAGUGGGGGGAGGGGCAGAGGGAGAAGCAGGCUCCCCUCUGAGCAGGGAGCCUGACACGGGACUCGAUCCCAGUACCCUGGGAUCAUGACCUGAGCUGAAGGCAGAUGCUUAACCGACUGAGCCACCCAAGCGCCCAAAGUAAAAUUUAAUUUUAUCACCAUGACCUAGUGCUGAAAUAUCUGUGUUUUUUGGAAGGCAAGGAAGUAAACUCAAACAAGAGUGCAUGUGACUAAAUACUAUUGAUCAUAGCAGAUACUCUUUAUUUUUGUUUUUCCCUAAUGAGGGCAGAAGGAGAGACAGCGGCCUAUCAAGAAUUAAUUGAGUGGAAGGCUUUAAAGCUUUACUCCAAAAAUAGUUCCUCAGAGGGACUUUCACUUAGCUUCACAUUUGAGCCAGUAGCUUUCCUGAAUUAAAAACAAGUGGGACAAAUUUUCAUAAGAACACAUGAAUCUUGCUGGUUAGUAAUUGGAUUUUAUGAGGAAGACAUACUAGAUUGGGCUGGAAUGGGUGUCAAAACCCAGGAUGGGUACAGUCCUUAAAUUUGGCUGUGGGUCACGCAAGCUUGGGAGAUUAGAAAAGGCAGAACCUAAGAUGGAAAGAACGAAUGAGAGAAUGAAUAAUGUGGAAGUGCAUAGUUUUCCUUGAAUCCAACUUUAAUUACCAGAGUAAGUUUCCUGAUGUGAUUGUUGAAGGACAAAAAGAACUCUGAAAGCUAGAAAAGGUAUAAUGAGAGGAUAACCACAGAAGGACAUAGUUAAUAUUGUAUCUUUGGAGUAAGGGGGUUAGAGUGCCACGUACUUGUUGGUAAUGCAUUCCAAGUGGUAGUUUUAUCACUCCCAAACCUACCAGUCACAUUAGGUAUGGAUCAGAUGUCUCAAUUGAUGGUUUUAGAAAAUAAACUUUUUUUCUACUAUAGAUAUUUUUAUAUCACAUGAAACAAUACAUUAGAGUAUAUUGCAAACAUUUAUGUGACUAAUAUCUAUAUUCUGUCAACUUUUUGAACAGAACAUAAAAUCAUCUAACAUACAUGUAAGUCUUCCUGCAGCACAGUGGUUCUUUUGUUGAAAGAUAUAAAGCUCAAAUAUUUGAUCAGUAGCUAUGGUUGAGUUAUAGACUGGAGCUCAGAAAUGGAAGAAAAGCAAAGGUGACAUAUAUUGAGUGUUUGAUACCUGCCAGAAAUUGUGCUAGCUCAUCUUCCUCGAUGUAAUCUUUCUCCCAAUUUACCACCAUGUACUGUGGGUGAUGAAUUUCAGCAAGCAACUAUUGACAAUUAUGUUGGUGUAAAAAGCAAAGAAGUAGAAAAACUGAAAGCCUAUGAAAAAGGAAGAAAAGAAAGGAAGGGAAGGAAAAAUGAAUUUUCUUUGGGGAGGAGUUUUGUGAUUCUUGUUUAAUUAUGCCCAGAUACAAAGACAACUACAGGGAUCAAUUCCACACUUCCCAUCAGAAACAGAAAACUUCCAACAUGCAGUGAUCUUCAAAGAGGCUCCAGAGACCCAUUUAUAAAUUUCAUCUCUCUCUGAGAUGCAUGUAGGUAU